GUAUAGCUAGGCAACACAGAUGAGAUGAGGAAUUGUGGUUCAUCAGCCAAUACAGUUAGCUCUCCUACCCCAACUACACGCCAUUACUAUAUCUCCCAAACCCACCCCUUAAUUACUCUGCAAAAAAAUUAAUACUACCCUACCUAUCUCUGGGAUCUCAUACGAGUUUCCCAUUUCCUCAAUUGGGUCACAGCUCUUGGAUCUUCAAUAAAACCACCCACAAAUUAAAAGGGUUCGUCGUUUACACCAUUUCGUGAAUUGGGUCACUCUCUUUUGGUCUCAAAAAAUGAAGGUCAGUGUAGUUUCUCGGAGUGGUAAAGAUGUUGUCAAGGGUGGCCUUGAGCUCAGUGAUUCCGCUACGGUUGCAGAUCUGCAGGAGGCAAUUCAUCAACGAACCAAAAAGUUCUAUCCUUCAAGACAGCGGUUAACCCUCCCCCUUAAACCGGGAUCAAAGGAAAAGCCUGUUGUUCUUAACUACAAGAAAAGUCUCAAGGAUUAUUGUGAUGGAAACCACUUGACUGUAGUGUUCAAGGACCUGGGCACACAAGUUUCCUAUCGCACACUUUUCUUCUUUGAAUACUUGGGUCCUUUGCUCCUUUAUCCCAUCUUUUAUUACUUCCCUGUCUACCAGUUCUUUGGCUACAAAGGGGAGCGAGUCAUCCACCCAGUUCAGACAUAUGCUUUAUAUUACUGGUGUUUCCACUACUUCAAACGAAUUAUGGAAACAUUUUUUGUGCAUCGGUUCAGCCAUGCAACCUCACCACUCUCCAAUGUGUUUCGUAAUUGUGCCUAUUAUUGGACCUUUGGCUCUUACAUUGCUUACUAUGUGAACCACCCACUUUACACCCCUGUUAGUGACCUCCAAAUGAAGAUCGGCUUUGGGUUUGGAGUGCUUUGUCAAAUCUGUAACUUCUAUUGCCAUAUCUUGCUGAGGAAUCUGCGCAGCCCUGAUGGGAAUGGAGGAUAUCAAAUUCCACAUGGUUUUCUAUUCAAUAUUGUGACAUGUGCAAACUACACAACAGAGAUUUAUCAAUGGUUGGGUUUCAAUAUUGCCACACAGACUGUCGCAGGCUAUGUUUUCCUUGUGGUUGCUACUCUUAUUAUGACCAAUUGGGCCCUCGCAAAGCACCGUCGUCUGAAGAAGCUAUUUGAUGGGAAGGAUGGAAGACCGAAGUAUCCACGCAGAUGGGUAAUAUUUCCCCCAUUCCUGUAAGCAUGGCUCUCAUCUUGCAUCUUGUUGCUCUCUUGGUACCAAAAAUCAGAUUCAACAGCAAGAAUUCAAGAUGGUUGGAGCUUAAUAGGUGUCAGAUAUGAACUUGACAUUUUUAUAGACAGCUUACUCCCACUUGAACUACCUGAUGAUAAUCAUCUUUUAUUCUUUUCUUAUUGUUUUGUCCCCCCUCCCCCCAAAUUUAUGUUUCCUCUCAUUCGUCAUGUUAUUUGGGAAGAAAUACAGUUAAUGUUGGUGAUCUAGCUUUUUAUCAGAUUGGCUUCUUGACUA